AUGCAGCUAGGAGACUCAAGUGUGUUGGAGAUCUCCUCCCACAACGAGCCCGAGAUGGCGGUGGCGGCGGCGGAGGUGGCGGCGGAAGGAGCGGCACAUGACGGUGGUGGUGAUGAGAUGAUUGGGAUGGAUGUGGAUGCGAAUUCAGGUGAAGGAAAUGAAGGUAGUAAGAUGAGCUUUGGAGGAAACCGGUGGCCUCGCCAUGAAACCUUGGCUCUCUUGAAGAUAAGGUCGGAUAUGGAUGCAGUGUUUCGAGAUUCAACUCUUAAAGGUCCACUGUGGGAAGAAGUUUCAAGGAAACUUGCAGGGCUUGGGUAUCAUAGAAGUGCAAAGAAGUGCAAGGAAAAGUUUGAGAAUGUGUACAAGUACAACAAGAGAACCAAAGAGAACAAAAGUGGCAAAUCACAUGGAAAAACCUAUAAAUUCUUUGAUCAAUUACAAGCCCUUGAGAAUCAAUUCACAAUCUCUUACGUGCCAAAAUCACAACCUACUUUGGCAACAACAAACACAGUGACAUUGCCAACUAGACAAAGUGAUCAUGGCAACAGCAUAGUUAUACCUUUUCCUUCCACUAACCCUACACUCAUUUCUCCUUCACCACAAACCAACACCACCACCACAAUAUCCACAACCAACCCUAGAGACACAUCACCACCACAAACCACCACUACCAACAACAACAAUGUCACAUACUCUUUGCCAAACAUGAACACCCCUUUCUCAACCACCACCACUACCACCACCUCCACCUCUUCUUCCACAGCAUCUGAUGAAGACUUGGAAGAGAGGUAUAGGAGGAAGAGAAAGUGGAAGGACUACUUCAGGAGGCUCACUAGAAAGGUCCUUCUGAAGCAAGAGGAAAUGCAAAAGAAGUUCUUGGAAGCCAUGGACAGAAGGGAGAGAGAAAGAGUGGCGGAACAAGACAAUUGGAGGAUGCAAGAAAUGGCAAGGAUUAAUAGGGAACAUGAGAUUCUUGUUCAAGAAAGAUCAACAGCAGUAGCCAAAGAUGCUGCAGUCAUUGGAUUAUUGCAAAAGAUGUAUGGCCAGCAAAACCCCACACAAAAUGACCAUUUACAACCACCACAACAUGAGAAGCAAACAAAGCCACAAUCACAGCCUCCAACACUAAUGCUAAACAAUAAUUCUGAGAUCAGGAAAAUGAAUAUUAAUGGUCACAGUGCUACUAGUACUAGCACUACUACUGCUGCUACUACUGUUACCACCUCUCCAGUGAGUUCUUCUUCUUCUAGAUGGCCAAAGGCCGAAGUUCAUGCUUUGAUAAGGUUGAGGACAAGUCUUGACACCAAGUAUCAAGAAAAUGGACCCAAAGCUCCAUUGUGGGAAGAUAUAUCGAUUGCAAUGCAGAGGCUUGGGUACAACCGCAGUGCAAAGAGAUGUAAGGAAAAGUGGGAGAACAUCAACAAGUACUUCAAAAAAGUGAGGGAUGGUAACAAAGAAAGGCGUGAAGAUAGCAAAACAUGUCCUUAUUUUCACGAGCUUGAUGCUAUAUACAAGGAAAAGAGCAAAUCCCAGAAUCCCUUUGGCGUGUUCCAGAACAUGAAGCCAAAUGAGAUGAUGAUGAUGGAACCAUUGAUGGUGCAACCGGAGCAACAAUGGAGGCCUCCACCUCAAUUGUUUGAAGAGGAUAUAGGGAGGAGUGCCAGUGAAGAAUAUCAAGAAAAAGAAGAAGAAAAUGGUGGUGGUGGUGAUGAUGAUGAUGAUGUUGAAGAAGAUGGAGAUAGUGUGGAAGAUGAAGCGUGUGAGAUUGGGACAAAUAGUUAA